AUGAAAGACAUAUAUAAAAAUGUUUUUUUUGCGAAAUAUUCAAACAAACUAUUUGUUGCAGGAAUCGACUUCAAAAUCAGAACGAUAGAGCUCGAUGGAAAGAAAAUAAAGUUGCAAAUAUGGGACACAGCGGGUCAGGAAAGGUUCAGGACAAUCACAACAGCCUACUACCGGGGAGCAAUGGGAAUCAUGCUGGUGUACGACGUCGCGAACGAGAAGAGCUUCGAAAAUAUCAAGAACUGGAUCAGAAACAUCGAAGAGAAUGCGUCAGCAGAUGUAGAAAAAAUGCUACUCGGCAACAAAUGUGAACUGACUGAGAAAAGACAAGUGACAAGAGAAAGAGGCGAACAAUUGGCGAUUGAAUAUGGCAUCAAAUUUAUGGAAACAAGCGCAAAAGCAUCGAUUAAUGUAGAAGAAGCAUUUUUCACACUGGCUAGAGAUAUUAAAACAAAAACCGAAAAGAAACUGGAAGCGAGCAAUCCGCCGAAGGGAGGCCACCAGCUGAAGCCUUCAGAGCCGAGCCGCAAACCACAGAACUGGCUGUCGCGCUGCUCCCUGCUCUGACCCCCUCUCUCCCCACCCCUGUCCCUGCCCCUCUCCGCAGUGCGAAAGUGUGAAAUUGACUCUGUGAUUGCGAGAUGCACACUCUUCGUCGAUCAUUAUUGGUGUUCUGUUCAUUUAGACUCUAUCUGCUUUGUGUCUUUGUAUAAAAUAUAAAAGAGAAUGGAAUGUUUUAGUGAAAAUGUUUAGAGUCGACGCGGUCAACACACGGUGUGCUAUUCCAUAAUGUUUGUUCAACUGUCAACCGGAACUCUAAAGAAGUUUUCUACCCACAGGUAUUGUUUCAAUUAGUAAAUUACUCAUGUUGUUCGAACGUGCGUUUUUAUACAUGAAUAAUUGGUGCAUGGCUGAACAAUCAUAAUCCAUAAAUAAUUGAUCAAUUAUUCCAAAUAUGAAACAUGAAUCAAAGUGAUGUAGUUACGCCAUGAAUAUCACGAAUUUCAUUUCUAUCAUUCAUGAUUUAAUAAAUUUUGAGACAUCACUAAUCUAAGUUACUAGUAACUCUUGAUUAAUCUGCUUUAGGUUAAAAACAGAUGAAUCAUACAUUCAAGGAUAAUAAAUAAAUUGUUGAACUAUUUAUUGAAUUUUCAAUUAUUGUAUUGAUAAAAACUUUUCCUAUACUGCAUUAUUUUGUGGAUGUUACAUUCUCGGAUUGCGAUAUUUCAUAUCCAAUACUAUUUCAAAUCCAUAACUCUUUUUUUUGUAAAUCGAUUAAACUUUCAAUUCAAUUAUUUUAAUGUGUUGGUUGUUAGAUCUUAUGGCAGUAGGGAAAAUUUAUUGUUCUGUAUAUUUUUAUUAUUCAUAUUAUUUUUGUAUGCUCUACGUCUAGGAUCUAAAUUAUAAAUAUAUUUCAGGUCUUACUAAAUAAAUUAUUAUUAUUCUUGUAUGGUUGGACUUUUAUUGUAUUAUUGAAUUACCAACUACUUUUUAUAAUUUUAUUUGAAGUUCUUUCAAAUAUUAUCAAUUGAACUUAAUAUUCAUCCACUGUGAAUUCAUUGAAUUUCUUCAUUAGUGACUCUUGAUCGCAAUAUUCCUUAUAAAAUGCAUUAUUCUAUGAUUAAUUAAUUUUCCAAAUUUACCGUCAUAUCGAAUUCUAAUAAAUUAUAUCAAUAAUGAAAUGAGAUGAUCAAUAAUAAUUAGUGUUGCUCUGUAAUACUUUAUAUUUCACUUGUGUUUAUUUUUAUAUUCCAAUAUUUAUUGUUUUUACUAUCCAAUAUUCAAUUUGUUUACUGUAAAACUGAUAUUUGUAUUGAUUUGAAUAUGUAAAUUGUCUUACAGAAUAUUUUUUUUAAUAUCUGUUAGAUCAUUCAGCUGCAAUUUAUUUCCAGUAUAUUCUUGUAAAUACAGGAAAUGUCCUCAACAUUAUUACUUGAUUACACUCCCAUCUAAAAUCUACAUCAGUAUUACUAAUUAGGUAUGUAAUCUUUCUCAGUCCAUCUUAAAGUUUCAAUAAUAAAUUAUUAUGAUUGUGUGAAAUAAUAUUGAAGAAUAUAAAUGUUAUAUUACUGAGAAUGAAAUUAGAACUUGAACAAUGUCAGGUAAAAUUUAUAUUAUUUGUGUCUUAAUUACUAAUAAAUAUCUUCUCUUUUGCAAAGUAUCUCUUUUAAAAUUCGUAAUUUAAUCAUAGUAGUCAUAUUUUAACUAAAGAACCAAAUAAAAUUUUAAGAUGAAUGUAGAAGUAAACUUUUCUUAUUCUAAUUGAAAGAACUAACCAAGUAAAAUAGGGAAUAAAUUGAGAUAACAAUUUUAAACAGUAUUAUUAAACAAAGCAGUGCCAGUUAGUCAUAAGAGAUUUCAAUAGUCACACAAGUGUUCAAUUUAUGAUUCCUUACAUUUCACUAGCUUGCAAAAUGACUUAUGGAAUAGCAACAUCGUUGAAGAGUUAUAGGUUGUUAUUGUGAAUUAGAAUAAAAAUUUACACUUUCUUGAAUUUUAUGUACUACGUCUGUAAAUUAUUAGUUAUAAAUUGGUAUUCACAUCACCUAACCUAUUCAAAUGAUAAAUAAUAUUACGAAAUUUUGUGGAAAUAAUAAAGUUUUUAUUUGAUAUUGCUCUAUUGAUGCAAUAGAGCAAUUGAAUGCGUUACUCUUCAUCAUGAGUAACGAUACUCGUAGAAACGAAUUUCCAUGGUGGAUAGAAAUGUAAAUUAGUAUUUAUAUUUUGUUUCAAGACACAAAUAGGCUAAUUGGACUGAUUGUAUAUUAUUGUUGAUUCUUGCUUUAAAUAAUAUAAACUGUAAUCCUCAUUUCAUUUGAAUGAAUAUCCUAAUUUUAUUGAACUAUUUUAAUACUAUAAUACAUAUUUGUAAUGAACAUCUGUAUAGUAUUUUUAUAUUUGUUUUUUAUACUCAUUGAAGUUAAAUUAUACCGGCAAAAAGCAUAGCAAAACUUUCUAGAAUCAAUAAUAAUUCUUGUACAAAUUUAUUGAAAUGUUGGUUGAAACAGAGGUAGGCCUAUGCUAUUGAGCGACUGAAACAAUGUAUGACUGAAAUAUCAGACAUCUCUACUUCUCUAAAACGUUCGUAUUUGUCAUGUGGUUUAAUGUGACUGUAAUAGGAAAAUGGAAGACUUAGAUCUGGUUUGAACUUUAUUGUGAUCAUGGUGGAACAAGGUGAUCGUUACAAAUAAAUAUUAAUGGUGAUUUUUAAAAUUAUUGUCUUCGAACCCCUACACAAAUAAUAAUGACACGUAGUUAUUCCCUUCAACUCCCUAUACAAAUAAUGAUACUCUCAAAUGCGAGUCAAUUGCUGAACAGUGAUGUGGCUUUGAAAACGCAACACAUUGUUAUGAUUACCUACUCUUCACUUCACAUCCAACAAUUUGACUUGACUCCAACGAUUGACUGUGAUCUUAUCAUUGAAGUAAGACAGUGGGUAUGAAUCCGUGCAGUAGAACAUGAUUUCACUUGAACGCAUUACUGACCGUACUUAGUUUCUUAGCAAAUCCCUUGUUUGAGCUGCAAAAUUCAAAAUAGUGCAUUGUGAUGUUUUUUACCAGAAGGAAGAUAGUCGUUUCAGAAAUGUGUUGUUCCUUCUAAUUCCUGACAUCACCUGUUACCCAUUAACUGUUUUGGUCAACACAGAAAUAAUAUUGUCUAUUCUGAAAAUUCCCUUUAAAAAGUGUAUUUUUGCUGUUCAUUUAGUGCUGUAAAAUAGAACAGGAUGUGCAAUAUUCAUUUUUUUUAAAUAUAAAAUUCUCUAUCUAACCUGUGCAAUUUUGCACGUGAAUAAACAUUGCCUACUUCUCUCCUUUGAAGACCUGUUCCUCUUUUUAAAAUUACUCAGUUGAAUUUUCAAUUGUCAGAACAUUUGUAUAAGUAGAAAUAAAAAGACGAAUGCAUUUUA